GAGCGGCGGGAGAACGGACGCGGGUCGCCGGGGCGGAAGCAGCGGCCAUGGAGCGGCGGGAGCAGCCGGUGGUGCCGGUGGAGGUGCUGGCGGCGGUCACGCGGGAGCGGUUCCUGCGGGAUGUCUACCCCCGGGUACGGCUCCGCGCCUCCCGCCGGGGCGCACCCGUGGCGUGGGCCUCUGGGGCCGCGGCGGGCCCGGGGCAGCCGCCCCGUCGCUGGGUGGGGUGAGCGGGGCCGCGCUGGAGCGGGCCGGGGCAGGAGAUCGUCUGUGACACCGUCUCGCCCGGCGGAGCUGGUGGUGGCAGACCGCAGAGAAUGCCAGUAGUACUGAAAGGAAUGGAACUGGGUACUUGCACAACCAAAUGGACAGUAGAUUACUUGAGCCAAGCCGAAGGAUCUAAAGAAGUAAAGAUUCAUGUUUCUGCAGUGCCACAGAUGGAUUUCCUCAGUAAGAACUUUGUGUAUAGAACUCUGCCUUUUGAUGUAUUUGUACGAAGAGCAGCUGAAGUCAAACACAAGGAGUACUUUCUUUCUGAGGAUGAAAAGUACUAUUUGCGAUCAGUGGGUGAAGAUGCUAGGAAGGAUAUUGCAGAUAUCAGAAAGCAGUUUCCUAUUUUGGCAGAAGAUGUUCAUAUUCCAGAGUAUUUCGAGAAGGAACAGUUUUUCUCCAGUGUCUUCCGCAUCAGUUCAGCUGGAUUACAAUUAUGGACACAUUAUGAUGUAAUGGAUAACUUCCUAAUCCAAGUAACAGGGAAAAAACGAGUUGCUUUGUAUAGUCCUCGAGAUGCUCCGUAUUUAUAUUUGUCAGGUACUAAAUCAGAGGUGCUGGAUGUGGAUAACCCAGACUUAGAGAAAUAUCCCCUUUUUGUGAAAGCCAAGCGCUAUCAAUGUUUUCUGGAAGCAGGAGAUGUGUUAUUUAUUCCAGCUUUGUGGUUCCACAAUGUAAUUUCUGAGGAAUUUGGAGUGGCACUGAAUGUCUUUUGGAAGCAUCUUCCUGCUGAGUCUUAUGAUAAGAGUGACACUUACGGAAAUAAAGAUCCCACGGCAGCGUCUAGAGCUAUACAGAUCUUGGACAGGGCCUUGAAAACACUUGAAGAACUACCUGAGGAAUAUAGGGAUUUUUACGCACGGAGAAUGGUGUUACGCAUCCAAGAAAAAGCUUAUAGGAAUGAUUGUGGGUAAAAUAACACAUUGUAAUUCAGCAACUCCUGUGAAAGUAGAGAAUCGUAUGUUAAUAUGGAAACUGGCCAUGUGUACAUAUGCAUGCUUUCUGUAAGACUAAUAAAAACUGUGUUGAUAAACUUUGUUAUAGAUGAAUGUUUAUCUUGUAGAUUUUUUUCCUUUUUUUUCUUCAUGUGCAGUGAGUGCACAGUCUGCUUGAGGCACACAUUUGCAGUGCCUGCAGUUACUUUACUUUUUUGGAGUGUUCUACUUAAUUUUUUCUGAACAACAGUUUUGAUGUCUGGGCUGGGCUGACAGCAUGCAUGCUUAGAAGUAACUGAAUGUCUUCCUGAAUGCCACCUUGUUUACUAAAGUUUAGGAAAACCAUAGUGGUUUCUGAGGAGGUCCGAGAAAGCCGUUGGUGGUGGUUCUAACGGUCAUGGUUGUGGAUGCCCCAUCCCUGGAGGUGUUGAAGGCCAGGGUGGAUGAGGCCUCCCAUGGCAGGGCAGUCGGAACUAGAUGAUCUUUAAGGUCCCUUCCAACCCGAACCAUUCUGUGGUUCUAUGGUUUCUGUUGGAGUAGUAGCCUGGUAAUAAGUGUGGAGAGUUCCUGCUCCCUCUUGUGGUGAAACUGAGAGUGGGCAUGGGGAAAAAAAGCAAAAGCUCAUCAUACAAGGUUAAGUUUAGAAUUGUGCAGUCGCUUGGCUGCAAGGUAAAUGAUUUACACCUUCCUUACCUGAAUAAGGUAUUGCGCAGGAAACCUUGUUUGUCACUGCCCCAGUGCAGUUGGGCAGCAUUGCUGCUUCUGCAGCUGUAAAACAUACGCAACUAAUGCGCCCGCAAAUCCAGCCAGCUACAGUCCUACAAUCUGACAUGACGUUCAUGGUUCUGAAGUAGAUGUAGAAUCUAUGGGGAGUGGUGUUUGCAAUGCAUUAUGUUACCGUCUGAAAGAGGGUUGCAUCACACCUUUUGGGAUGGAGCCUGUUGUAGAGGGGUUGUAGAUGGUUAGUUUUCAGCAGAUUUUGGUGCUUAUAAAGGCCUUGUGAAAUAAAG